AUGGUACGGCUGAGGGAAAUUCCGCGGACUGCGGCAUUUGCCUGGUCUCCAGGUGCUGACAAGCCGCUUCUCGUCACCGGAACAAGGGCUGGCGCCGUGGAUGCCGAUUUCUCGGACGAGACCAAACUUGAGCUCUGGGACCUCAACUUGGACAGUCAGGACCAAGGGCUAGAGUUGCAGCCCAUUGCCAGCAUAACCACAGAUUCCAGGUUCUACGAUAUCGCCUGGGGCUUGCCCAACGACGACCACCCUCGUGGAAUCAUCGCCGGUGCCCUCGAGAAUGGCUCGCUCGACCUGUGGGAUGCAGAGAAGCUGGCCACUGGGGCUCCCGAUGCUCUGAUAGCGCGGACAACGAAGCACUCCGGAGCCAUCAAGUCGUUGCAGUUCAACCCUCUGAAGCCCCAGAUCUUGGCAACUGCCGGUGCCAAGGGCGAACUAUUCAUCUGGGAUGUCAACGACCCUUCUAGUCCAUUCCGCCUGGGCACUUCUGCCGCACGUUCAGACGAUCUCGAGUGCGUUGCGUGGAAUAGGAAGGUUCCCAACAUCCUGGCUACCGGCGGUAGUGGAGGCUUUGUCACUGUGUGGGACCUCAAGACGAAGAAGGCCUCUCUUACCCUGAACAACAGCCGCAAGGCCGUCAGUUCCAUUGCCUGGGAUCCUCAGAACUCCACCAAGCUGCUGACUGCCACUCCCGAUGACAGUACACCCUUCAUUCUCAUUUGGAACCUGCGCAACUCCAACGCUCCGGAGCGUACACUACAGGGUCACGAGCAGGGAGUUUUGUCCGUAUCGUGGUGCCAGCAGGACAGCGAUCUCUUGAUUUCCAGCGGCAAAGACAACCGCACGUUAGUCUGGAAUCCUCAGACUGGCGAACAGUAUGGCGAAUUCCCCGAGGUUACCAACUGGACGUUCCUGACCCGUUUCAACCCUCACAAUCCCAACCUCUCCGCCACCGCAUCGUUCGACGGCAAGAUUACGAUCCAGACUCUUCAGAAUACCAACCCUUCUGCUUCUCAGGCGGCGGUGCAGAACAAUCUGGAUGGCGAGGACUUUUUUACCAAAGCGCAGACUCAGCCCCAGGGCGCGUCAUUCACAUUGACCAAGGCCCCGGCUUGGUUCGAGCGCCCCGUUGGUGCCUCUUUUGGCUUCGGCGGCAAGGUCGUCAUCUUUCGCAAAGAUCAGUCUUCACCCGGCCAGAAAAGGUCAUCCAAGAUCCAGAUCUCGCAUUUCUCUGUAGAUUCUGAUAUCGGGUCUACUACCGACAAGUUCGAAGAGACGCUCCGGACCGGCGACCUCAAGAGCAUUUGUGAAGACCGUUUGGAACAUGCCAGGACUGACGAGGAGAAGGGCGACUGGCAAGUCAUGUCAACGCUCAUCGCUGAAAAUCCUCGGCAGCAGGUUAUCGAAUUCUUGGGGCUCGCCCAGGACGCUGAUGAGAAGGAGCUUGCUGAUGCAGACACAGCUGAAACUGAGGGUGGUGAAUCUGCCGCGGCUGGUGACGAUGCCACCUCAGCCGCCAAGAAGAACAGGCUUUCAAACUUCUUCGCUGACGGUGGGGACGGAGAUGACUUCCUGGGCGACCUGGCAGCCACCAAGGGGGCAAAGACGGACAAUCCUUUCCAUCUUUUGAACGAGGGCAACACACAUCUCGAGGAUUCGAUCACGCGGGCUCUUAUGCUUGGAAACUUCUCCAAGGCUGUCGACAUUUGCCUGAAAGAAGACCGCAUCGCUGAUGCCUUUAUCAUUGCGAACUGCGGAGGCAAGGAGCUGGUGGACAAGGUCCAAGCCGCAUAUCUCUCGAGCAAAAAGGGAAGCCCCAGCUACCUGCGUCUCCUCAGCUCGGUCAUUGCCGAGAACCUGUGGGACGUUGUUUACAAUGCUGGUCUAGCUGACUGGAAGGAGACAAUGGCGACGCUGUGCACAUUUGCCAAACCCGCUGAAUUUCCUGAUUUGUGCGAGGCACUUGGCGACCGCAUUCUCGAGUCGGGCUCUCGCAAGGACGCUUCAUUCUGUUACCUUGUUGGGUCCAAGCUUGAGAAGGUUGUGUCGAUCUGGAUCGAUGAGCUCGAGGAGACCGAACAGGCGGGCCUGAAAGAGUCGAGCGAGGGUUCCAGCUUCUCCAUUCAUGCCAAGUCCCUUCAGCAAUUCAUUGAGAAGGUCACUAUCUUCCGCCUCGUGACCAAAUUCCAGGACGCUGAGAUCAGCCAAAGUUCUGACUGGAAAUUGGCCAAUUUGUAUGACAAGUACACUGAAUAUGCGGACAUCGUUGCUGCCCAUGGCCAGCUAGCUGUGGCCCAGAAGUAUCUGGACCUCCUGCCGUCGAAGUAUCCCGCCGCAGAGGUGGCCCGCAACCGCGUCAGGCUGGCCAGCCAAAAGGGCGCCGCUCAGCAGGCCGGGCGCCCAGCAGCGGCCACACGGACUACGUCGCGCGUGCAGCCUACGGUCGGCUAUCAACCCCCUCAGGCGGCGCCUGCUAUGAACCCAGCGCAUCCGUAUGGCACAUCCGUGCAACCACCUGCACCGAACCCUUACGGGCCGCCGCAGCCGACCGCAUACCCUCCCCCCUCGGCCACAGCGUUCGGGCAACCGACCCAAGGUUACGCCCCAUCGCAGGCAUACGCGCCUCCGCAGCCCACAGGCUACACUCCACCUGCUAGUUAUGGCCAGCCAGCGCCUCCGUUUGGGGCCCCUCCGCGGAACUCGACUCCGUCUAGCUUGCCGCCUCCGCCAAAGAUCAAGAAAGACGUUGGCCAAUGGAACGACGUGCCCAUGGUGAACAAGCCGCCCGUGCGCAAGACGACCCCUAGUGUGGCUGCCAUCACUUCACCCUUUGGAGCGCAGCAGAAUGCAGCGAUGUCUCCACCUCCGACCGCGCCUCCGACGGGGCCAUACGGAGGCCAGCGUAGUGUCGCUUCACCACCACCCCCUCCUCCCAAGGGCUCCGCGCCGCCCCGUGUGUCAUCGCCCCUCGCUGCGGGACCGCAUCACACAUCUCAAGUCCCUGUUCGACCUCCGUCGACCGCAGCGAACGCGUACGCGCCCCCGCCUCCGGCGCCUGGAGCCACGCCGGCACACGUGCCACAUGCCAUGCCUCCGCGUACCGCAUCCCCGUACAAUCAGCCUCCAGGUGCCGCCCCUCCAUCCAACCGCUAUGCGCCGUCGCCUGCGAUGCAGCAACAGUCGCAGUUCAGUCAGCCACCGCAACAGUACGCGGUUGCUCCACCACCGGCUGGAGCUGGUAGACCACCUCCUACGAACCCUUAUGCCCCAGCUGCGCCCCAACAGCAAGCAUCACCAAGUCCCUAUGCCCCAUCUCCGUACGGAGCUGGCCCUGGGCAGACCGGGCCGCCGCCGACUGGUCCGCCACCAAUGAGUGGCCCGCCGAUGGGAGGACCACCCACAGGCCCUCCUCCAUCCAGCCAUACCGGUCCUCCGCCUGCGAAUACGGUCGCGACACCACCGCCUCCCAAGGCUGCAGCUCCGCCACCCAAGGCCCGACACCCAGCGGGCGACCGAUCCCACAUUCCUGUCAGCGCUCAGCGUCUGGUUGACAUCCUCACCAGGGAUAUGCAGCGCGUGAGCUCAAAGGCACCGGCGGCUUUUGAAACACAAGUGAAGGACACAGCGAAGCGACUGAACAUUCUGUUUGAUCACUUGAACAACGAGGAGCUUGUCAAACCAGACACGAUCGGACAGCUGACCCAGCUAGCUGAGGCGUUGGAAGCUAAGCAGUACGAUGUCGCACACAGUCUUCAGGUCGAGAUCCACAGGGAGAAGCCCGAGCAAUGUGGAAACUGGAUGGUUGGUGUCAAGCGCUUGAUCAGCAUGAGCAAGGCUACCCCCGCUCUUGUCGGUCUGUCAGACCAGAAACUCGGCACCAUCAUGACGGAAGGCGUUGCAUCAGAAGACGCCGCUGCUGCACGUGCGGCGGAGCAGGCACGACUACGCAAGGAACGUCGAGAGGCCAAGAUCAAGGCCGGCGGCACUGCCAGAUUGAACAAGAUCACCGGCCUGGGCGGCGGUGUGCAGCGAGAUGCCCAGCCCGCCGCGUCGACAGCGUCCUCCGCUCCUCCUCCGUCCUCCUCGCCCGCAGCGGGCCGCGGCCCGUCGGAGGACCACGCCGACCCAGCCGAGGUCGACAUCUCUGAGCACUACUACCAGCCCUCGAGCACGACGGCCCGCAUACCACCUGCAGCAGCCGGCGGUCCGCCGGGCAUGUCCGAGGCGCAACUGCGCCAGAUGAUGCUGGGCUUCGAGCAGCCGCCGCCGGGCCUGGCGGGCCCUGGCCCUGCUGCCGCCGGGCAGAACCCCUUUGGCGCGGCUGGAGCAGACGAGGACCCCAUGAUGAAGCUCCUGUCUCAGAUGAUGAUGGGCGGGCCCGGCGCCGGCGCGGGCGGCGUCCCUCCGGGCAUGGGCGGUGCGGGCGCGGCGAACCCCUUCUUCCCGGGUAUGCCCAUGCCGGGACAGCAGGCCCAGGUGCCGGACCGCUACGCCUCGCUGUGGCGCCUCGUGCACUUUGCCGUGGCGCUGGGCCUCGGCCUCUACAUCGCGCUGGCGACGCCCUUCACGGGCUCGAGGGCCGAGCGCGAGCAGUCGGCGCUCGAGCACAGGCUGGGCCACGUGACGGAGCAGGACGUGGCGCGGCAGUACUUCUUCUGGGCCUUUGCGACGGCCGAGUCGGUGCUGCUGACGAGCCGCUUCUUCCUCGACCGGGGCCGCAACAAAGCCGGUGCCGCCGGCGGGAGCAUCCUGUGGUCGCUGCUCGGGUUCCUGCCGCCGCCCGUCAAGACGUCGCUGGAGACGGGCAUGCAGUACGUCCAGAUCUUCAGCACGGUGCGGGCGGACAUCCUGGCUUGCAUCUUCGUGCUGGGCGUGUGCCAUUGGGUCCGGGCGAUGUAG